AACGACUUGCUCCAUUCCCGAAUUAUUCGGAAACCGCUACAACCCAGAAGCAUGCAGAUAGAUAUAUUUCCUUUACAUGCUCUUGAAUGCGUGGGCUACGGAGUGUCUUAGUCGAGAACACUAGAAUGAUGUUUAGCCUGCAAGCUCAAGACGUCGAAAAGAAUAUUUCCUGCAAAAGGAGGUGAAAUAGCCCACAGCAAAAUAUCCGCACAACCCUUUCAGAUCCGGCAUAUCACAAUAUCAUGACGGUCUCCAGGUGGCUCGCUCUAGCUCGAAAAUGUCUUCUUCAUCGGAUAUCCGUGCAACAAUUUGGAGACUUGCUGCGAAACCACGGUGGUAGAAUCGAUGGGAAACAAUUAUUCGGAGCCCUUGUUGAGUGCCGGGAAUGUUUUUGCCAGCCAGGGGAUCCUCUCAUCUCGCUUUAUAUCGACUACCUGGCAAUCACUGGGCUUAUUACCAUUUCUGAUGGACUCAUUAUCCUCACGAAACGAUGGAACGACGCAAAAUCCCCAACAUCAGAAGCUGCUCUUGCAUGCUACAAUGACACACUUCAAGAUUUGACCAUGGUGAUUGUUUCACCCAAAUAUACAGAGAAUGCAUUCGAAACACGUCUAGCUCUACAAAUAUCAUCAAGAUGGCUAUCUGCCUUGGCACGGCAGGCAUCACAGGGAGAUGCCGAAUCAUUGAGGCUGGAGCUCAACGGCACCAUCGAAUUACUCGCGUUUCUCAUGGCGUCUAUUACGGCAACUGACGCAGGACUCGACGCUUUAUCGCCGGCCGACAGUCAGGGACAAAAGAUCAAGCAUGGGUCUGUUAAUGACUUGCGAACUUCGGUGAAGCAAUCAUUUGAGCUCUGCCUACCAUUAUAUUCCAUGCUCUCCUCUCAGCUCAUGGAGCGGAUAAACACAGUCUUGAAACACAUCAGCCUUCUUGAUGAAGGCAUCUCGCAAGCGGGCAAUGCACCAGCCCCAGCGUCCGAGAUUCAAGCGCUCCAAUUCCAAGUCUCCAUCGCAGAUAGCCAAAUAGUGGCUUCCAAAGCAGGCACUAUGCUUUAUCUUGAAGGCCUUCUCUUCACAGGAUCUACGAUCGACGACGGUGGGAUGGUACAUUGGCUUUCUUCGCGUCACCAGAAUGAUUACCAGUCAAUGUUCAACGACGUCUUUACGUCCUCGUUCUCGAUAUUGAAAGCCCAGAGCACCGUACCAGGUAGAGCUCUGUGCACGCAGCAGUGCCAAAUCUUUAUCCAGAACAAACUUCCGGCACUUCUGUCCAUGAUAUCGGCUUCUUCAUUCAAUAGUUUUAGCACCGAACAAGCUAUAACCGAAGCAUGGCAGCAAGUGGUGUCACUGCUUUCCUCACAAGACCUUCUUCUGACCGGCGUCCGCCUUUUACAUGUCUGUACUUUACAUCACUUGAUCCCGGCACAAGUCGCUUCACAGCUCGUUGGAACCGAGGAUAUGCUGAAAGGAUUGAGUAAGGGGUUGUUUGGGAAAGAUGACCUGGUGGCUCAAGUCAACGCAAAUCAUAUCAGAGGACCCAAACUUGUAGAGGAACUGAUUCGCAGUGAUGGAAGUGCGAGUUUUAUCAGCCAAGCUAUUGUUGAGAUCAUGCAUAGUUAUUGCCAGAACAAGGAGACUCAGUAUCUCAAAGAUCUCGCCAAUGCUAUCCUACGGAGACCUGCUGCGAUCAACUGCAUUGCUCUAUUCGUUCGUCCUGCCUCUUUCCUCGGUCCACUUUGUGGCCUUUUGGACGAGUGGCGGUGGGAUGAAAUACACGGGGAGGCUCAACCAGUAUACGACGAUUUUGGCGCAAUCUUCCUCCUGAUCCUUGUUACUAGGGGUCGUCUGGGGCUGUCGAACUCGAGCCUGGGUAUACGCAAGAAGGAUGGAUUCUUAGCUCAAUAUCUGGAGCACGAGAACAAUGAAGAAAGCCUGGAGAACCUCUCUGAAGAAAAGAAAUCGCAUCUGGGGAACUGGAUCAAUGCCCUUUAUCUCGCCGAAGGCCUGAGCGACGAACUGUUUACUAACUGUAGCCCGCACGACUUCUACCUCCUGAUUCCCACCCUCCUCCGACAAUCGAUGACGGCUCAUCAGCAGGGAAAGUUAACUCAUGACUCUUUGCAAGCUGGCUUAGAUUAUCUUCUUGAGCCUUUCUUGCUACCUUCUUUGAUACCUGCGAUGAAUUGGGUUGCAGAGGUCUUCCAGCACGAGCGCAUGGUUGCUGGAAAGGUGUUGGAAGCUCUAAUCAAACCGCCAGGAUCACUAGAGUCUCGAGAUAUUCACCACACCAUAUUGACAUUGUGUGCACCUCGGCUGAAGAUUCACCUCAGGUCUGUCGGAUCACAAGAUACCAAUGUCGACUCCAUUCUGAAGACCUUGGGCCAGUGUCCGGACUUUUCCUUCUUUUCGGAGCGAGAACGAGAGACUCAUGGUACAGGCGUCAUCAACAUUCUCCACCAUAGCCUGGUUACACUUAUUACGUCAACGACCGCCUUGGACAUUGGGGCGGCCGCGCCUGUGGGGGACAUUCUUGCACUUGUGGGCCGCGCCGUUGAAGUUCGAGGCGCACACACAACCCUGCGGGCCAUUGUUGGGGUGCUCGUGCAGCUGAGCGGCAACCACGUGUUUCUUUACGCUCUUGAUGCACUCACCACCAUCGUGUGUAUGGCUGGAACCAGUCUCCGUGACGCCCUGCGCUUACAAUACAACGACCUAGGUAGUCUCUUGAAGAGUGGUGAGACCUUGACUGCUGAAGGGGUGGUUCGUUUACAUCGGCAAGUCGAAACGUACACAAACCUUCUUGCCGUGCCGGAGAUUGGGUUGGACUCGUUCAACUUUGCCCAGCAACUCACAAAUAUGGACACGGCGAAUCCAAACCUUGAUGCCGCUACUGCUGUCUCGGGUGGAAUGGACAUACAGACAGAACAGGGGCAAACCGACGGAAUCGACCAAGUGCUUGACGAAGUCGCUGCCAUGGGAAAUUUGGACUCCAACGACGCAGACAUGAGCUUUGAUGCUCUUUAUGACCUCCAGGGGAACGACAUGGAUCUCAAUGACUUGGAUUUGGAUAUGUUCUGAACGAUCUUGGGUUCCAAACGGAUGGAGGUUCGGCUCCUGUCUCCUUGAUACGGCUCAAUGUUGUAUCAGCGUCUUGAAGAUUCAGUUGGAAACGGAUGUGUCGUAAAGGGUACAUGUGGGGAGAUAUGUGUAUUAACUAAUCCAAUUAUUACACAGUGUGUGGUCUGUCUACAGUACGGACCUUUCGUUCCUAGUAACGUCCAUUUUCAUCUUACGCUAAACUCCGCC